CUACGGUCCUCGCUUCUCUAUGUUGACUGAACAAGGCAAUCCGUGCAUAGAUGAAUCACACGCGAAACCUCAGACUCCAUCACCUCACAUUCUAAGCCGGUAUCUUCCCGAGCAGAUCAUUGUUGGGCGGGCCUAAUCACAGCGCUAAGACCAUCGUUAUUGGCGGCCAACACAUGACAGCUGCCAAGUACGAACUUAUUGAACCAGCGUAACCUUACAAUAACAGCUAAACUCAGCAUCGAACCCUUGAUUUCAGAAUCUCAACAGUCAGCCCAGUCAUCACAACACCAAAAUGGACCUGUUACGUUUACCAUCGGUCACCCGUCUCGCGACUCUGUCACUACUAACACUGACCUUCGCUCAAAACAACAUAAACACGACGGACAUUAAUUCGGACCAAUCUGCCCUCAAUUUCGAUUCUAAUGCGCCGAUCAAUGCCACAGGCAGCCUCAACUUACACUGGACCGCACUUAUGAUGGAUCCCGCACGGAAUGACUGGACCUUUACACUCACCUACAAUGAGACCCGAAACCAGAAUGGGACAACACACCGUUGGGAAAGCUACAUGAGUGUUCCUGAGAUUAGCGAAGCAAAGGCCUGUACAUUCAUGCUCGCCGGACUCAAUAAAACUUCAGCAUCGGCACAGCGAAAUGGUUGCGACGGCGUGUUGGACGAUGUGUGUACCGACGUUCUGCGCGGGAUCUCAUGGAGCGGCGAUCGGUGUAGUUUCCCAUUCCCGGAUUCAGAGUACAGUGAUAGGGUUCUCCAAGCGUGUGGCGUUGAGAUCCUCGAGAGAAAUGUGUGCUAUAACACCUACCCGAUAGAUUUCUCGAAAAGUACAUGCAGUAGGUCACAUCCUCCAGGAUCUUCUUCGCCAGAGAACUGGCGCACUUUCGGGAUGACUGGGAUGCCUAUCGACUGGGUCAAUGUGAACAGUGAUAGGAACACAUCUGACUUCACAUGGUACGACACCUUUGUGAAGCAGACUGUUCCGUUUGUCGUUGCCAUGGAAUUCUUGGGUGGUAUUGCUGAGACGCAGGUCUUGUGUGUAGCGCCAAAGAAUAUCGCCGAGGGGAGUCGAGUGCCCGCGCAGAAAUCCAUGGCGAGUGAGAGGUGGCGGCCAACGAGCUGGAUGGCUACAGCCGCUGCAUUAUAUGCUAGUACGGUAGUUAUGUUGACUUAGUGUAAGGACAAUGAGACAGUAUGUGAAGAUGACAUUGGCUG